CCUCGUCGGCUCCGGCAAUGUGGAUAAGGCCGCCAUCUUCGACAAUCAAGGUAGCAGCGUCUGGGCAACAUCAGCUGGAUUCACUGUAUCUCCUCCAGAAAUCAAAGUCAUAGUCGCUUCUUUCCAGCCAACCGCUCGCGAGGACGAUAUCAAGGAGGUUCAAUCUAAUGGGUUCUUUGUCGGCGGGGAAAAAUACGUUGCCUUGAAGUCGGACGACUCACGGUUGUAUGGAAAGAAGGGCAAAGAAGGAAUCGUCAUUGUGAAAACAAAAAAGGCCCUUCUCAUUGCACAUUAUCCAGAGACAAUCCAACCUGGAGCCGCAACUAACACUGUAGAAACACUCGGCGACUAUCUGAGCGGACUAGGUUAUUAG